AUACGACAGACAUUCUCACAAUAUGAAAAUCCCGAAGGUCUUGAAGGAAUUUUGUCAAUAUCCGAUGCGGAAAUUUUUACAACUAUAUAAUUCAUCAAUACACAAACCUUUUUAUAGAACGCGUCCUAUUAUUUAAUAUAGACCCAUAAACUACCUUUCAUCAUUUUGCCAAAUCAUAUCAAUUUAAAUAAUUGAGAUCCGCACAGUACUCCUGCUUAGCUUUAGGGGGAACCUUGUUGUGGGUCAGAAAGAAGUGUUGUUGCAUUUUGUCCAAGUCCGUUUUCUGGCUGUGAUCGAAAUGAAAACCUGCCUGCUCUGCCUGCUUCUUGUCGUAUUCUCGGCAGAUUUGGCAUUAGGGAGGAGAGGGAGGGCCAGGAGCAGGACCAAAUCAAAGUUCCAAAUAGGUCUGCCCAUCACCGGAAAGUACAGGGACCCGGAAUCCGACCAGUAUUAUAACAACAACAACGGUGCAAAAAUAACCCUUGCUUCACACUUCGACUAUGAAUACGUACUAGGACACAAGAUAGCCUUUAUUUGUGUGGCAAGGGGUAACCCAAGGCCUAUCAUCACAUGGUACAAGGAUGGCAGUGAAAUAUUCACCCAUAUGUAUCUCAAUAUUCACGAAUGGACGAUCGGGACUGACAGAAUAAAAAGUAAAUUGGAGAUAGAUCCUGCCACUCAGAUGGACGCAGGAGUAUACGAAUGCACGGCCGACAAUAUGUAUUCGCUGGAUAGAAGAUCUUUCAAAACAGAUUUCAGUAUAGCAUUCGAUUAAAUAUUACAA